CUCUUUCGAAUUUUACGAAUUUGUGAUUUCGAUAUUCUUUUUUAAAGACGUUUAAUAGAAUCAAGUACAAUUCUGAGAUCUAUCUUAUAAAAGGUCUCCAAUCGUUUGCGAACGAUCACAGACAAUUAAGCGAUAAAGGUGAACGAUAUUACUUUAACAUGGCCUUGAUGCUCCAAAAUUUAAAAUUAUCUUCGAACAUUCCUCCGGAAUAUACGGAAAAUGCGCAAAACACGUUGUACAAAAUGCAAGAGCAUAUUGAAGGACGUGGUCAUAAAUAUCAAUGGAGCCUGAAUGACUUUGAGAUUGGGGCUCCUCUAGGACGUGGGAAGUUCGGUCGCGUCUAUCUUGCCAGAGAAAAGACUACUCGUUAUAUGAUAGCCUUAAAAACUCUUUAUAAGAUCGAACUAAUAAAAGGUCGCGUUGAGAAACAAGUCAUGCGCGAGAUUGAGAUACAGUCGCAUUUACGGCAUCCCCACAUUCUUCAAUUAUUAACUUAUUUCCAUGACCACAAACGAAUUUACUUAGUAUUAGAAUUUGCCGCAAGAGGAGAACUUUAUAAGGAGUUAAAGCGUCAACCCGGAGAAAGAUUUAACGAACAUCUCUCGGCCAAAUAUACGUAUCAAGUAGCCGAUGCUUUGGAAUAUUGCCACAAGAAUAAUGUAAUCCAUAGAGAUAUAAAACCUGAAAAUUUAUUGCUUACGUAUAACGGUGACAUAAAAUUAGCAGAUUUUGGAUGGUCAGUUCAUGCACCUUCGUCGAAACGAACUACGUUAUGUGGAACAUUAGAUUAUUUACCGCCGGAGAUGGUAACUGGACAAACGUACGAUGUAUACGUCGACCAUUGGUGCCUCGGAAUACUCUGUUACGAAUUUUUAGUCGGCAGACCACCAUUCCUCAGCGAUUCUCAACAAGAAACAUAUGUUAAAAUAAAAACUUUAAAUAUACAAUGGCCGGAACAAAUUACGCCCGGUGCCAAAGAUCUUAUUUCAAAGCUAAUCAAAAGGAAAGGUUCUGAAAGAAUAUCACUGGCAGCUGUAAAGAAACAUUUUUGGAUACAAGAACAUAAGAAUAAUCCAAAAUGAUAUUGUACAAACGUUGCGUGUAUAUAAAGUAAUAUAAUCGUAUUUAAAGUAGCCUCGUGGCUCGCUCGAUCGAUAGUUGCUCGUUGUAUUCCAUUUUGUAUAAAUGCGUAAUAAUUUUUAUACAUAUGACCAAAUAUAUAUAUAUAUAUCAACAACAAAUUUAGGAUAACGGAAAAUAAUGCUUCAAGAUUUUAUAUAUACGUACAUAUAUAUAAACUUUAUAUAUGCAUAUAUACACAGGAGCGCUCGGAAAACUAAUCGUAAGAGUAAUAAAACGCUAAGGAUACAUUUUUAUUUGGUGAAUGCGUGUACGACGUGUGUAUAUACAUACAUAUCCUCUUGUAUAAAAUCGUAGACGGGAUGCGAUACGAUGUUAUAUAUAAAUUUAUAUAUUUAUAACUCCUCUCGGAAAAAGAGAGAUAGAGGGAGAAUUAAAUUAUACGAUCUUUUAUGGCCAAUUUAAAUUGAUGCCUGUAACAUCUAACGCGACAAUGUCUACUUCCGUAUUCAAUAGAUCGCAUAAACUUGGCUUCGUUCGUCCAAAAUCUCCAUGAACGAAUUCUUUGACAUAAGUACCUGCUUGUGUUUUUACAUCCAAUACAAAAAAAGUAUUGUCGUCGGUGGGUGCGUUUGGUAAAUUUUUUAAUUCUUGUGGUUUUGCCCAUCGAGCGCGCAUAUCGUAUAUGAAACGCACACGGGGAGUCAACGGACGUCUGUGCAGAACUCUGAUCGGUGUCUUUUGAAUUAUUUUUACGUUUUUUAAUUUAUUUAAAGCUUCAAGGCAUGAUUUGUCUUGUGGUGCUUUGCGACAUACGCAAAGUGCUCGAUAAAAUUUUGUUUUAACAUUUUCACCUUCUUUUAAUUUUUUUAAAUCGUCCCUGGAAGCAGAUCACAUAAGAUAUACAAGAGAAUAUAUAUGUAUAUAUAUAUAUAUAUAUAUAAAACGUGUCACAUUUAUCGAGCCACUUACCUAUUUAGUAACUUCAAAUUAGUCGUUACUUUCACUUGCGUAGAACUAUCAUUGAUGAUAGUAACUAAAUUUGAUAAAAGUUCAGAAGUUAUCUUCGUAAUUCGAGGAUUUAUUAAUUCGACCGCGAACGGUCUGCCAGAAUGUAUGUUUCUUACGUCGACGUCUUCUCUUCCAGAAGAUAAAAAUUUGAUUGCUACGAAAAAGAAUAACGUGCGUAUAUAUAUUGCGUUACUUAAAUCACAUAUUCCCAUAUUUUUUGAAUCAAACUAUCAAAUUACAUUCGGCUUUAACAGCUUUGGCAAUCGGUUCGCACAAUAUGUCUUGCACGGAUGUUUCCAUUUUUUUUUCACCAUUGAUGAACCAAGGCGUUUGACUGAGCUGUCGCGAAAGCUUGUUAUAGCGUCCUAAUAAAAGAACAAUACAAUUA